CAAUAAUUUCAAGUAUUGAUAAAAGAAUAUUUAGCUCCAUUAUAAAUAUAAUUAAAUGAAUUUUAAGAAAAAAAUAAAUAAUAGGAUUAUAAAAUUUAAAAUUUAUAAUAAGCUUUAGAUAAAAUAAACGAAAGUUUAUCUAAAGAAACAAUUACUAAUUAACAUAAUAAAAAUUAACAAACAACAAUAAAUAGACCUUAAACAUCAAGAAAUUAAAAGAAAUUAUUAGAAGACUCCUAAUUUAAGCCUUCUGCAUAAAAAAUUACGAAAACUUCUAAUACUAAUGAAAAUAAGCAUGAUGAUGAAGAAAAAAAAGCAACAAAAAUUACUACAACAACAACAAUAACUACUAAAGUGGUUACUUAAUAAAAACCAGUAUCUCAUGAAAAAAAAUAAUUAAAAAAAGAUGAAUAAAACGAAGAAAAAAAGACAAAAAAAAGUAGAAAAUAAUGAAGAAAUUAAUAUAGUUAAAAUUAAUGAUAAAAAAGUAGAUAUUUAUGAAGAAAAAAAAGAAGAAAACAAAGAAGAUAACAAAGAAGAAAACAAAGAAGAAAACAAAGAAGAAAAUAAAGAAGAAAACAAAGAUGUAAACAAUCAAGAAUACUAAGAAGAAAUAAAAGAAUUUAAAAAAGAAGAUAAAUAAGAAGAAAAGAAAGAAUUAAUUAAAGAAGAACAAAAAGAAGAUAAAAAAUAAGAAAAAAAACAAGAAUCAAAAUAAAGACCAUAAACAGCUGCUGCUAAAAUAACGUCAAAUACUAAAAAACCAAUAGAAAAACAUAAUGACAAACCCGCAGAUAAAAAUAACGAUAAACCAGCUGAAAAAAAUGUAGAUAAACUAACAGAUAAAAAGCAUAUUGUUUAAAAGGAUAAGCAAGUUAAAAAAGAAGAACAUAAAAAAGAAGAAAUUAAAAAAGAAGAACAUAAAAAAUAAGAUCAUAAAAACGAAGAAGUUAAAAAAGAUCAAAAAAAAGCUAUUGAAAAAAAUAGCAUAAAUUUAGCCAAAAAAAAGAAGAAAAAAACCUAUAGAAAAUUUAGAUGA